GCAGACGACUUGGGUCUUCGUCAACUCUUAUCUAGAUUCUUACGCUUUUGACAACCUUGGAUACUAAUGGAUUCGGGUCCAUAACCAUUAACCGUGAUUUCCAAUGUCCGAGAUCUUGUAGCACUUACCAAUGAGCCCUAUCGAUUAGUAUUAUAUGGAAGAAAUCAAUUCUAGACCCUAAUACAAUUAGAUCUGCUCUUCAUAGACAAACUUGGGAUUUGCGAUCCCAGGUAAGAUCGCUUCAGGAUCAUGGAAUCCUUUUCUUCUAACAAAAUUCUUGUGGAUCUUUGAUAACAUUUUCUAUAUGGCCUCUAUAAUUUGAUAAGCAGCAUCCAGUUUCUCAGGGCCGAUUAUUUUGAGGUCGACAGUCGAGAUUGGCGUGGUCAGUUUGGUCAGUUAUUGGCCUUUGGGGCCGAUGGUUCCGGGGAAACUAGUUAUGGCAAUGAGGAGCAGUGGAUAGACAAUCGCUGAGGCCAACUGAACUUCCAGAAAGGAUCUAACAAUGUCUGGCAACGAACGGCAAUGCCGCUUUGAGGUUGACAAUCGAGAUUGGCGUAGUCGAUCUGGUCAGUCAUCUGCCUUUGGGGACACUAGAUCACGAGAAACUAUUCAUGGCAGCAUGGAGAAGGAGAUACAUAGUCGCCAAGCCCAAUUGAACUUCCAGACAGAGUCCACCAUUAUAUCCGGUAACCUAGGGGUUGGGGCAUCUCCUGGCCUUGCGAAGGCUGAAGUUCCAUGGUCAUCCCGAAGAGGAAUCAUCAUCUCUGAAAAGGAACGUGUCUUGAAGACAGUAAGAGGUAUUUUGAACAAACUGACCCCAACGAAGUUUGAUGUUCUCGAGAGUCAACUUAUGCAUUCUGGAAUUACAUCUGUGGAAAUUUUAAAGGGUGUAGUCUCGUUGAUACAUGAUAAGGCUGUUCGGGAACCCAUGUUUUGUCCAAUGUAUGCUCUUUUGUGCUCCAACCUUUGGUACCAGCUUCCCGAAUUCCCAACAGACGAACCUCACGGGGGACGAAUUACUUUCAAGCAAAUCCUCUUGAAUAAUUGCCAGGAAGCAUUUGAAGGAGCAUUUCAACUUAGAGCAGAAGUAAGGCAGAUGGCUGCCCCGGAGCAAGAAAUGGAACGAAGGGAGAAGGAGCGGCUAGUAAAGCCGAGAGCGCUUGGGAACAUACGCCUCACUGGGGAGCUCUUCAAGCAGAGAAUGAUUACUGAAAUAAUUAUGCGCCGCAUAGUUCAGGUGCUUCUGGGACACGAUGACAAAGUCUGCCCAGCUGAGGAAAAUGUUGAAGCAAUCUGCCAAUUGUUCAAUACGAUUGGUAAGCAGCUAGACGAGAGCUCAAGAUUUCGCGUGAUCCAUGAUAAGAACUUUGACAGGUUGAAGGAGCUGACAUCAAAUCCUCAGCUGCCCCCCCGCUUGAGGUUCAUGGUGCAAGAUGUCCUCGACCUACGAUCCAACCAUUGGGUUCCAAGGCGAGAAGAGGUGAAGCCCAAGACCAUCUUUGAAAUUCACUAUGAAGCAGAGAAGAAUAUGGAGGGACCCCCGAGCUUCAUGGUAAGCCCCACAACAGGAGGAAUCAUGCCUGGGAUGCCCGGGACGAGGAAGCUGCACAGAGGACUUCAUACGGAUAAUUGGAAGGUUCCACUUUUUAGAUCGAUGCCAAGUGGUGCAGGUAGCUCUGGAUCCACUGUUGCCGUUCAUUCUCCUUCGAUGGGCAAAUAUCCAUCUUUCGACUCGAAACUCCUGCCUCAAUCUCUAGGAAGUGGCGACAUGUUGGCUUUGAGAACGAGUCCCUUGUUGCAAAGCAACGGCCCUUCUCCUCGAAAGUCCAAUGUAACUAUGCUUACUCCAUCCACUUCCCGGAAUCAAUCAAAUGCAGCUUCAGCUACAGAGAUGUGUCCUGUCAAUCUCCGUCGGGAGAAGACUGUCUCUCUUCUGGCAGAAUACUUCAGCGUUAUAACUCUCGAUGAGGCUCUGAUGUGUGUGGAGGAACUGCAGGCCCCCGCCUACCACCCCGAGGUUGUGAAGGAGGCGCUCUUCCUAGCCCUCGUGAAGAUCCCGCCCCGAGUGGGCCAAGUCUCUGAGCUUCUUGAACUCCUUUACAGCAGACAUGUCUUGACAGCAAAAGUUAUAGAAAUGGGCUGCAUCCAUUUUGGUUCGCUUUUGGAUGAUCUGAGCAUUGAUCUGCCUAAGGUCCCGAGUAGUUUCGGGGAGGUCAUCGGGAAGUUGGUUCUAUCAGGCAGCUUGGAUUUUAGAGCCGUGAAGGAAGUACUCCAUAAGGUGGACAACAGUCGGCUCAGAGCAGCCAUUUUGGAUGCUGUACUGCAGAGCUUGGUCCCGGGGCAAGGUCUGUUAGAGGCACAAAAUGAGGAGGUUCAAGCUUGUAGAGAUCUGCUAGUCUCUUGAACAGAUUGGCAGGGAACUAAUCAACACUCUUGCAGAGCUUAACUGUACCUGUUCGGAUGUUGGUUUGUUUGUCGAAAGUGGGAACUUAUAUUUCUCGGUGAUGUUGAACAUUCGAGUAUUCGUAUCACGGGACGCUCGGCCCGAGCUGGGGAGUUUUUUGUCCGAACCAAUUCAUGUACGAUGAGUGAUUAUGAAGUACUGGAUAUAGCUUGAGGACAUGUACACAUCUUAGUGCACGUGCUCUCUUCUUUGGCCUUGAAUACGAAGAAAUUCUUCGAGUUUCCUGAUAA